UAGAAACGUUUGCAUAUCCUGAGAGAUGUGUGGUCCUGGAUCGUCCGGUUUUUUUUCCUGGACAAUGCUCGUCGUAGCGCCGGCCGAGGUGGGCAUGGCUUCUGAGCUGCCGCCGUCCAAGCGGGCGAGGGUGGCCUUGCCGAGUUCGGCGCCGGGAGUCUACGCGCAGCAGGCGCUAUGUCACGCUCCCUCCCCGCCGCGACCGUCGUCUGCGCCGUGUGCUUCCGCGGCUUCGCCGGAGGAGCCGGAGCCUUGCAUCGCGCUCGGCUCGGAGGAUGCAGAUUACCGACGGCGCGCUUUCACUUUGACGCGUGUGCUUCGAACCGGCCGUGGCCUGGACCUGGCGGCGGAUGCCACGGUGGACAUCGGUGCGCUGCUCCGACACGGAGCCCUUUCCGGCCUGACGCUGUCUGGGCUCACCCGGUUGGCGCAGGAGGACAACAAAGGCAGAUUCCACAUAUGCGGCACUCGCAUCCGGGCCUGCCAAGGGCACAUGCGCUGUUUGGCGGGGGUCUUGCAAGACGAGUUCUAUUUGCAGCGGAUCGCCCUGGCGUCGCAGCUGCAGCUGUGCGUGCACUACACCUCUGCUCGCUCCUGGCCUCGCAUCCGGGCGGAGGGGGUCCGGCCAAUGGACCGCAUCCACUCCCACUGGUGCUCGGUCGACUCGGGCCCGCGUCGAGGCACGGACGUGGCGAUAUAUUUGGAUGUGGAGCGUCCUGUGCCGAUCGACAUUGGGCCAGCGCUUUUGGCUGCGAGUCUUGCAUACGGAUGGUCGCCAGCUGUGGCCGGAAGCGCCCCGCGCGGCCCCGCCGCGCCGCGGCCGGCGUCGUGGCGGCCGUGGCGGGCGCAGAGCGCAUCGGACGCGGAACGGGCCGUGACGGCCUUGCGCAAGGGCCUCACGCUGAGUACCACCUGGUGCUCAUUGGCUAUAUGGCGAUUCGGAAAGGAAUGCAUGUCGGCUGGCUGCUUUGCCUGGCGAUGAUCCUGAGACCACUGGGUAACAGCAGCUGGAGC